GUAUUUUGUUUUGUCGUUCUGACAUUAGUGCAGCGCGGUCACACCGGCCAAAAUAAAAAAAAAUCAGAUUGCAAAAUAUUUGCCUACUACUUCAGCAGGAACAACAACGGGUCUUAGAUGUAGCACAUAAGAAGCAAUUAAGUUUAAAUUUAAACUAAAACUAGAAGAUAAUGCUUGGAUAAAUGUAAAUAAGAAGAUACAGGAGGAGACAAGAAAGCAUCAGACAAACAUUGAGGAGGCAACGGAAAGGAAUUUAAGAAAGGACAAACGGAAGGACGUGCAUUAAUUAAUAAAAAAAAUCAUCAAACAACGCUCGGCUGGACAUUCAUCCUGAUUAAAUCCGGGACUAGGUCACUGCUGCUGCUGCUGCUGCCACUAAUAUGCGUGUAAUCGCGCCGCGUAGAUCGUCAACGUCAGCGGCGGGCACCGGCAGUCUCUACGGCACAUCGUCGUCGUCGUCCGGCGGCAGCGGCUCAGCCACCGGCUCAGCUAGCGGUAGCGCGGUGGAUCGGUCCAGCGUCGGGGCCACCACGAACGGAUAUUCGCGGUACUCGGGCAGCUACGAUCGCGGCAGCAGCCUCUCCAAGUGGCUGCCCACGUCCGGUGGCUCCUCCUCAUCCACGUCCACGUCCGGCUACGGUAGCAGCUAUUACCCCAGCUCAUAUUCGGCGUACUCCUCCUCUGCAAGCCAUUCAACCUCAGGAUCAUCGUAUGUGCCGCGCAGCAGCCUGCAAAGGAGCAGCGUAGGAUCAACAUCGUCGUCGUCGUAUCUGAGCGGUGGUUCCGGAUCCACAGCGUCCGCCUACCGCACAACCAGCUCUUCGUCGUAUCUGAGCGGCUCCAGUUAUGAUUCACCUACGUACAGCCGAUACGGAUUACCGCGCAAAACAUCAUCAAAGAUCACCUCGAAUGGCGAUAGCUUGAGCGGAUCGGCGGCCAAGAGGGAUGACUAUGUCAGCCGGCGAAGUAUAGCGGACUCCGUCUCCUCCACCGCCAAGAAGCCGCCGAUAAGCGGCGGCGGCGCUGGAGGAAGUAACUCCUCCAGUAAUCACACGGAGACCAAUGGCCAUGGCGGCGGCAAGAUCUUCAUCAUCAUCAUCUGGCAGCCGUUGUCCAGUUCAUCUUCAUCCCCAUCGCUGGCCCGCCUGGUGGCCACCUCCGGACUGGAUAUGUACGAAAAGUACAGUCCGGCCAACUAUAAACCCAACUGUGAACUGUCACGUUCCAGGUCGGGGCAUGCUGAGCAGGAGCUGGAGAAUGGAAGUGGCGGCGGCAGUGCUACACCCACCGAGACGGUGACACUGGAUCCGCGUAGCAGCCGGUAUAGUCGCCUCUACAGCAACAGCAGUGAUGCGGGCGGUGAGGUCACGACCAGCUCUGGAAGACUUGGAACGGGCACGGGCACAGGGACGACCUCCCGGAGCAGUAGCGGCAGCAGGUAUUCGAUAAACAAUAGCAACAGCAGUGGGGAUGUGCCCACAGCCACCUUUACACUACGCAGCAGUCGGACGCGUCGCAGUCAGGCGGAGGAUGUCACAGCCAAGGCAACAGCACAAAUGGAGCUAAGGAACCAGGAUACAACCGAUGAUGCUGGAAUCUCUGCUCCCAGCAGCGGCAAUGGCAAUGGCAAUGACAAUGGCAGCGAUGCCCAGGCGGAGGUGGACAAUGGAGAUGUGAGCACCACGGCCACAUUUAAGCUAUCAUCCUCAUCCGCCGACAGCAAGACGCAGGCGAGGAGCGGCACUACUGGCAGCAGUGCCCGGAGCGUCUUGCCGCCCAUGACACCGACGUCGAGUCGUUACUGGGAUCGGGAUCGUGAGAGCGGCACUAGCCGUAGCAGCGGCUCCACUUCCACCCUUACCUCGUCGUCGCUGAAGCACAACUCGGAUGAUGGCUAUAAGAACGCCUCCUCGUCUAGAGAUGAGAAGUCAGAAGGUGUUUGUGGGCUGAGAAACAUCGGGAACACAUGCUUCAUGAACUCUGUCAUCCAGUGCCUGAGCCACACCCAAGAGCUGACGCGCUUCCUGCGCUCGCAGCACGGCUCCCGCUCGUCCUCCACCAAGGACCAGCAGAUACUCCACGAAUUUGCCAAACUCAUCCAGGAAAUGUGGACCUCGAAUGUGCAUACAAUGACGCCCAUGGAGCUGAAGCGUGCCUUCUCCACGAAGCACCGCAUGUACAGCGACUACAAUCAGCAGGAUGCCCAGGAGUUCCUGCGCUUCUUCCUCGACUCGCUGCACUCGGCCCUCAACACGGGCGUCAAGGGUGAGACGCUCAACAUUGACGAUAAUCUCAGUGACAAUAAGAAGGCGGACCUGACCUGGGAAUGGUAUACGCGGCAUGAGAACUCUCUGGUGCGCGACCUCUUUGUGGGGCAGCUAAAGAGCACCCUGAAGUACACCUGCGGCAAUACGAGCGUUACAUUUGAUCCCUUUUGGGAUCUGAGCGUACCGCUCCCUUCCUCGUCACGCUGCAAGCUUGAGGCCUGCCUGGACCUCUUCAUACGCGAGGAGGUUCUUGACGGGGACGAGAUGCCGACAUGCGCCAAAUGCAAGACACGACGGAAAUGCACCAAGAGCUUCACCAUACAGCGUUUCCCCAAAUAUCUCGUUAUUCACCUUAAACGCUUCUCGGAGACGCGCUGGAGCAAGCUGUCGAACAUCGUUGAGUUCCCCACAUCGGAUCGCGAGCUCAACAUGGGCUCCUAUGGCGCCAACUCCAACUCGAAUGUGCAUUACUCGCUCUAUGCGAUAUCCAAUCAUAUGGGCUCGACGGCUGGCGGUCAUUAUGUGGCCCUGUGCAAGCAUCUCUCCCGCAAGUGGCACGAGUUCAAUGAUAAUAUCGUCAGCGAUGCCUUGAGCGAAAACCAUCUCGUUUCAUCCAGUGCCUAUAUACUUUUCUACGAGCGUGCGUAAGGCCCGGAAGCAGGAGGGAGUCUUCGCUGAUU